AUGGAUGAUCUCAUCCGUUUCGAGGCGGAGUGCAGGAGACACAUAGUUGUGGUUGAAAAAGGCACAGCUCAGUCUCAUCUGUUUUCCUUUCUUCGACUGGCGGGAGAUCUCAUGGGGGAGGCCAAGCGGAGCCACUACCUGAACGCAUUGCACAUCUUGUGGCAGCUCUUUCCGCUCCUGCGUUUGUACGCAGGCUUCCUUGAACGCAAAAAGGCAACGCUGGUGGAGUCUGCUAGUGCGCUGUGCAGCGAGCGGGAGACAAGGGCCGUGAAGAGCGACGCCGUGGAUUCGCCCCCCGGCACAGUGGAU